CUAGCGCUCUGGAUGCCUCCCGCCUGGAUCCUGGAUUGGUCGAGUGGAUAACACAGGGGGCGGACACGAAGCCAUCACCCUUCGUUCCUCCAACUCCCGCCAAUGGCGUCCUCUUCCCCCGCUCUUCAUACCAGCUCGCUUUCUAGGGUUUCCACCCGUCCCACGGCUCCCUGCUUUCCUCCGAGCUGUCUCUCUCCGGUUCUCAUCAGAAAAUUAUCUCUCUCCUCCCCACUCUUCGUCUCCUCUUCCCCCAAUUCGAGCUCUAGUCCCCCCAAAACCCUCCUUCGAUGCGCCUGCCAGCAGUUCGAUCCCGCGUCCCUGAGGCAGAACGAGGAAGAAUUGGACGAGGAGGAAGGAGAAAAGGACGGACGAGUUGGUGCUGACGAUUUCUCUUCACUCGACCUAGAAUCGAUGGAGGAAGAGGCGAGGGAUGUCGUCAGAGAGUACUCCGCCUCUUUAUCUCGCGAAUUGGAUAUUGACGAGGAUAUUGAAGAGAAAAAGAAAUUUAGUGAGAAGCAAAAGUUACAGAGAAGUUCAAGCAAACAUUUCCAGAUCCCGGACCAUCUUCUUCCAAGAAUAGCAAUCGUUGGAAGGCCAAAUGUUGGUAAAUCAGCAUUAUUCAAUCGUCUUGUUGGGGGAAACAGGGCAAUUGUUGUUGAUGAACCUGGUGUUACUAGAGAUCGCUUGUACGGUAGAUCUUUUUGGGGGGACCGUGAAUUUAUUGUAGUAGAUACUGGGGGAGUUGUGACCUUUUCAAAAUCACAGGCUGAUUGUAUGGAGCAACUUGCAAUUACAACGACAGUUGGUAUGGAUGGGAUUUCUCUUGCUUCUAGGGAAGCAGCCGUUGCCAGGAUGCCCUCAAUGAUAGAGAGACAGGCUGUUGCUGCUGUGGAAGAAGCAGCUGUUAUUAUAUUCCUUGUAGAUGGCCAGGCACCCGCUCAAUUCUUUGGCCAAGAGAUCUUUUCAUCAACCAUACCAUUGUUCAUCCAGAGAACUGCACCAUUGGAAAUUCUAAACAAAACUUAUGGUGGAAAGUUCCAGGCUGGUCUGAUCGCAGCUGAUGUCGAAAUCGCAGACUGGCUACGCAAGAAGUACUCAAAUAAAUGUAUUAUACUUGCUGUAAACAAAUGUGAGUCUCCACGCAAGGGCCUGAUGCAAGCAUCAGAAUUUUGGUCCUUGGGGUUUUCUCCCAUGCCAAUAUCUGCUCUUUCAGGCACUGGAACUGGAGAGCUUCUUGAUGUUGUCUGUUCAGAACUGAAAAAUAUUGAGGCCUUGGACACCAGUGAAGUAGAAGAAAAUUAUGUUCCUUCUAUUGCUAUAGUUGGGAGACCAAAUGUUGGGAAAAGUAGCAUUUUGAAUGCCUUGGUUGGAGAAGACAGAACCAUCGUCAGCCCAAUCAGCGGGACAACUCGUGAUGCUAUUGAUACUGAAUUUACUGGACCUGAUGGGCAGAAGUACAAACUUAUUGACACUGCUGGCAUUCGACGAAGGGCAGCUGUAGCUUCUUCUGGUAGUACAACUGAGGCCUUGUCAGUGAAUCGAGCAUUCCGAGCCAUUCGUCGUUCAGAUGUUGUGGCUCUCGUUAUUGAAGCCAUGGCUUGCAUUACAGAACAGGAUUGUAGGAUUGCUGAAAGAAUUGAGAGGGAAGGAAAAGGUUGCAUUAUUGUCAUAAACAAAUGGGACACAAUACCAAACAAGAACCAGCAAACGACAACUUAUUAUGAGCAAGAUGUCCGGGAGAAGCUUCGCAUACUAGAUUGGGCUCCAAUUGUUUACUCAACUGCAACAAGUGGCCACAGUGCUGAAAAGAUUAUCACUGCUGCUAGUAUGGUUCACAAGGAGAGGUCCAGAAGGCUGGGUACAUCAAUACUGAAUCAGGUUGUACAAGAAGCACUAGCCUUUAAACCACCACCAAGAACAAGGGGUGGCAAGAGGGGCCGUGUUUAUUAUAGCACGCAGGCUGCUAUUCGCCCACCCACUUUUGUUUUCUUUGUCAAUGACGCAAAGCUUUUCCCUGAGACGUAUCGACGCUACAUGAAAAAACAGCUACGGUCUGAUGCAGGUUUUCCAGGUACACCUAUGCGUCUUCUAUGGCGUAGCAGAAGAAGAGCAGAUAAUGAAGGUAAGACUGCAGGCGUCAAUGUGCAAGCUCCAGGAAGUGGUGGUAAAUUGGCUUUGCCCACUUGAUUUGACAGUACGUCUUCCAGUGUUAAUUCCUGUUGGAGUGCUGUGGGCAGAGCUUGGAAACAAUAUUAGGGUGCCCUAUUAACUCUCUGUUAUCACAGAAUUUUGUAUAUGAUAAUAGUUCCUGUAACUGAAGAAAAUAAUUUCAAUAAAACUUCUUUCCCCCACUUUCUAUGACAUUGUAAGAUGGAUUAUUUUGGGCCUUAA